GCGGGAAUUGACCCCGUGAAGCUCGAACAGCAUCGCUCUUUGUCCAACGACCCUGACAUAUCAUUAUCCUGUUGCACGUGUUUCAUGGGCGUGGCUGAAGAUGUUGCGCCAGCCUUAGGUGCUCCACAAGAUGACCCUAGGCCACAGCAACACGAACUUACGGUCAUGGAUGGGCUGUCAAGCUCCAAGGUCACGGUCGAGUACCAUGAUCCAUCUGGAGUGUUUCCUUUGAUUCAGGAGGACUUAGCUGCUCGAUUGCCGCUCCGAAAUCUGCAUUGGAAAGCGCCAACUAGGCCUCUCAGGUCAAUUGACUCUCUGCAUGUUGAUCUUGUGCCUAGCAAUGAGUCUGCACAAGACUCAAGCGCCGAGAAGGAAAGGCGACAUCAAAUCCCGGGUCUACGUCGAACUCCGUACCUGAAGGUAUAUCUCUUACGAUGCGAUGAUUCCGAAACCUACAAAGGUACAGCACGCAAACAGCUCCGCGACUGGAUGAAAGAUCAUACUCCGCCAGCGCAGAGCAGUUCGACCAGCAACCAAGAGAAUCACGACGCCUACGAGUGGAUGAUCAUCCAUGUUGUCCUGCCUGACACAUCUGCAGCAAGCCAACCGCGUGGAUCUGGAAGUGCGGCAACUGGAGAGAAAGAGAAGAGUGGUGCUGCCUCAGUCUUCAAGCGAGCGUCAACUACUAUCCUCGAGAAGAUUCGUGCAGACUUUAAUAUCGCUUCAAAGUCGGCGCCUGAUCGAGUUGCGCAAGUACGGCUGAAGAAGGAACGCGUACCACCGCAGAUGUUGCCCGCUGCAGGAUCAGUCACAUCUCCAGCGGUUCCCGAAACCCAGCAAGAAUAUGAUGGUGCUUGGGCCGAUGUCAUAACCAAGUUCAAGACGUUGAUCCUCUCCUCCUUUGACCUUCGGGUCAGCCAGUACGAAGAAGACAUCCGUAAAAACGAUGCGCAGCGCUCUCUCCCAGGCUGGAACUUCAACACAUUCUUCGUUCUAAAGGAAGGGCUUGCGCGAGGCUUUGAAAGUGCAGGGCUUGUUGACGAUGCGCUACUCGGAUAUGAUGAGCUGUCAAUUGGACUCGACACGGUUAUUCAAGACCAAGCAAAUGACGGCAAUGCACUUCAGAUGCUUAGCCACUCUGAAAACUUGUACGAGCAAGCGGUCAGGGUUUUAGAGCAAUCACAAGGAGACAACAUCAAUAGCGAGGACCGUGCAGAGUUUCACGACGACAAGCCCAUUGACGCUCAGAAGAAAGACUACCGAGGGCUCAUUCUAGCUAAUAACAUCUCUAUCUUCGAGUUCAGAGUGUACAUCUUCGCUCGUCAGAUGGCAAUCCUCCUCAGAAUGGGCAACUCGCAGUCAGCUCGAGCGGAUCUGGCAAACAAGCUUCAGCCGCAGCCCAACGCUGGUGUCACGCAGCGAUCGAUCGAUGGCAGUCAUCUUGGCACAAAAUCGGGCGGACAGGCUGCUGAUACUGAGGAUCUGCUCUCACUCGCUGAGCUUUGUACACGCGCACUCAACUUUAUAACGUUCGCGGGGCGGCUCUUGCGAGAAGACUUGAUCAAUGGUGCAAAGGCUCAUGAAACUACUCUACCGGAGCAGCUAGUGGACAAUGUAGUGCGAUCGUGGACCUUUUCGGCCCUCGAUCAAGUGUUGCGCGAAACCUCAACGUCAUCCCUUCCAUUCACGAAGUUCCCAAAAGAGGCCAGCACCAGCUCUUCCGGUAAGAGCCUCUCUUUCAGUGGCCGCAGCAAGGAACAGAAGAUGAGUGUCCCGGAACCAAAGUCCAUGAUACAUCCAUCUCGUUCCUCAUCUCGCUCUGGCUCGACCGACCCUCCGUAUCUUCAGCCCACUACAAGUGGCCAAGUAGUGUACGAGAACGGGCAAUACCAGGAUCGCCCGGCUCUCAGUCAGCCAGGCGUGAUCAACCAGGCAAAGAACGGACUGAUGGACCUAGCCGGUCAAAGAGCACAGCUAAUCGGUAUUCAACGGAGACUGCUUGAGCACGUUGGAAAGGAAUUAGGUUGGGCUGUAGGAUGGGCCGCUAUCCUUCCUUCUCUGAGCCAAAGUGAAGACUUCACUGAGGUCGACCUGAACAACGACGAAGAAGAUGAAGAAGCAGCAGAAGGGACUACAGCCGCCAAAGACACGACGAGGCUCGUUCAUGCAACCUCUGGUAUCUCCUCAACAGCUCUUGUCGGUGCUGUAGGAUCUAUCGAUCACUUUCGACAAUUUUAUGAGUCGCUUAGCGAUCAGAUCUUCCAGCAUUACCGAGCCGCUGGACAAGUCAAGUCCGCAGAAAGCAUUACAGGCGACUUGGCGGCCCUUCGAUACGAGCUCGGUGACUUCCGAGCGGCGGCCAUGUACUUUGGUAGUAUGGCCGGUAUCACAAGCAAAGGCUCACCAGAUGCGAGCCUAUCACUCUAUGCAAAGAGCAGAUGGAAUAGUGUCGUAGCCACCAUGCUGAAGAUGUAUGCUCGCUGUCUCAAGAAGCUCAACCGUAAGGACGAGUACAUUCGAACACUCCUUGAUCUACUUGCAAGAUCUUCCGCAAGCAGGAUAUCCUUCAGCAGCUCAUCAAAUCGAGCGAGCGAUGACGGAAACUCAAAUAUGCCGCGAGACUGGCUGAACGAUGACAAAGUUGACACUGGAGGUGUACUCAAUGAGCUUGUCAAUUACUCGCAACAGCUUCCAUACGAUGUGUCAGUGCAGAUGGCGGAUUACUUCACCGACAUUGCCGUGGAGCCGCAUGUACGGCACUACGAAGACAAAGAUGGCUUCCAGCUACGUAUUCAAUUCAGGCACAUCCUGGAAGACAAGAUUGAGAUUCGUGCAGCCAAGAUUCGGCUGGUUAGUGCCAACUCGACUACCGUCAAAGACAUUUGGCUGGAGACGCAGGAGGCUAUGACCAUCAAGAAGGGUUUGACUCGUGUGUGGCUUGGAUGUAACGUAAACACAACCGGUCCAUACACCGUUGAUAAGAUCGUUCUCGAAGCGAAGCGCAUUGUCUUCGUGCACGAACCUGUCAGCAAGACAGAGGCUCCAACUCCUCUCGGCAUCAUAGCUUCAGCGUCUGUGACUUCUCUGAAAGCCGCAAAGAAGGCCCGCGUACAAUGCUUCCCUCGCGCUGAAGCACUUGACGCUCGUGUCUACCUGUCCCAUUUCAUACAUAUCGACAAGCCACGACACAUCGAGGUAUCUUGUUCUGCGGGCGCGAACGACAUCGAGCGCGCAGAGAUUCGCCUCAAGUCUGCUUCAGCCGGGCUACGCUUACGGACAGCCGAUGCAAGCGUAGAGUCGGAAGAAGGCGCCAUAGAAGACAACCAGAAGCCUGGCGUCAUCUCAAUCGGAGAGAUGCCUGCUGGCUCUAGCAUCACGCUAAAGAUUCCUUACGAUAUGGAGACCAUUCUUCAGGACCUCACUGUCAAGGCUGAGAUCGACUACUAUACCGCAAAUGGUCAAUGGCAAUAUUUCUCGUCAUUCACCAUCCCAGUCGAGCUGCCACUCGAUGUCAAUGUACACGAUCACUUCAAGAGCAAAUCAUUGUUCUCAAAGUUCAACAUCAAAACUGCAAGCCAGGUACCAUUAGAGCUGCUGGAUGUUGAGCUCGAAGGGUCAGAAGAGUUUGAUGUUCAUGCGCCGAGACGAUCAAAGCAGCCAGUGCAUGUCUUCUCGAGACAGCCGGUAGCGGUCACAUACAAUAUUACGCCGAAGAAUGUCGACGCUGAAGAGUCGGCAACAAGUCGACCUUCCAAGACAGGUAGUCUAGCUCUUGCGGUAGAGUAUCGCUGUCUGAACGAGGACGUUCUUGAUCGACUGCGAGCACAUUUCGCAAAUGCUGUCAAGGGCAGUCCUGUUGCUCACCUCAGCCGGCUGUUGGUAACAGCCUUCGUGGAUCGAACUGAGCACAAGAUCAUACCGCAUCAGUACGAGAAGAUCGCUCUGCUCGAGAAGGUUGACAUGGGCGCAUUUGAGGAAGUGGAUUGGGCAGAAUGCUUAGACAGCCUACUGCAGCCAGCGCGCGACGAGGCCCGAUUGUGGUUGCAGGGUUGGCUCAAGGACAACAAAACCAUUUAUCUGCCGAAGUCUAGUUCCUCGGUUCCGUCAGCUACCUCCGCCCCUCUCUCACCUUACCCACCUCGCCGCAUGGUCAUCACUGUCUCCAUCCCGCAGACUCACAUUCUACACACCACCAGUUUGAACCUCGCAUCACCUUCUCACAGCUCCAAGGUCGCCAUCAUCGGCCAACCUCUUCACGCAACCCUCCGCAUCUCGCACACCCGCCGCUGGGCCUCAUCCGCGUCGCUCAUCGCAGCCGCGAACCUAUCUUCCGCCGAAGACCCCAUCGAAUUCGUCUACACACUCGACGCAGCACCAGACCAAUGGCUCGUUGCCGGCCAACGCCGCACACUCUUCACCGCUACCGAAGACGAGGUCAAGGAGUUCACGGUCAUGCUUGUUCCUCUGAAGGCUGGGAAUGCGUUGUUGCCGAGCGUAGACAUCAGAGCGAGGAUCAAGCCGAAGGAGAAGGAGGAUGGGAAGAGUGGCGAGGAAGAUAUUCUAAAUUGUGAGACGGAUUAUUUGAGUUAUGGGGAGAGUAUUAUGGUUGUGCCGGAUGUGAGGAGUAGUACGGUGGGGGUUGGGGAUAUGAGUUUGGGGAGCCCGAGGUGCGUCGUUUGGUUGGAGGGCGUGGGUCAGUGACGGGAGGAUAGCAUCCAGUUGCAUAGGCGUAUCAGAUUAUACAAAUCAUUUAACCCUGAGUGCAGCGGAACAGGCUCAAGAGGCUGCCUCGAGUUCAAACGAAUAUUUAUCUCCCCAACUGCUACGCAGUUCGGUCGCGUGCGGACAGUACGCCAUGGUCACGGACGUCCGCACACUGAGAGUCUCUGAACGUUCAGAUGAGACGUGCAAACGCAUCUCGCCCAUACAAAGAUUCGACGUCAUCCAAGAACCCCGUUUUCUUUGCUCCC